UUCCAGCCAGCCAGCAGACAUUAGACUGAACCCAAACUACACCAGGGGGAAAGAAUAACGCCGUGUUUUUUUUUUCCUCCAGCGCAAAGAUAUCAAAGGUGAUCCGUCUCCGUUUUGCAACUUUAUCUGUGUAAAAGGCUUUCAUUUCAUUUGUUGCGGCGCUCAUUUUAGUAUUUUUGGCACUUUCAUCGCGCCAGAGGAGAGCAUCAUUUUUGAAUUUUCCCCCCCGCGGCGGAAGAAGGGUUUGUCCAGAUCCUGCGCCUGGGAUUGGGAUUUGACAGCAGCAGCGCAUUUUUCUGAGCAUUCUGAAUCCUGGUUUCUUUUUUAUUUUUAUUUUGGACUUUCAGAGAGACGCAGUGUGCGGUUUUUGUGUUUUUGUCCGUGUAGCUACGGGAUGGCUACUUUACCGGGAACAGUGCCUCGGAUGGUGCGCCCUGCACCAGGCCAGAACUACCCCCGAACCGGCUUCCCUCUGGAAGUGUCCACCCCUCUGGGCCAGGGGAGGGUGAACCAGCUUGGCGGAGUGUUCAUCAACGGGAGGCCGCUGCCAAAUCACAUCCGACACAAGAUAGUGGAAAUGGCCCACCACGGCAUCCGACCCUGUGUGAUCUCGCGACAACUGCGGGUUUCUCACGGUUGUGUGUCCAAGAUCCUCUGCCGGUACCAGGAAACCGGUUCGAUCCGUCCAGGAGCCAUAGGAGGCAGCAAGCCCAGGCAGGUGGCAACACCUGACGUGGAGAAGCGAAUCGAGGAGUACAAGAGAGAAAACCCGGGUAUGUUCAGCUGGGAGAUCCGGGAUAAGCUGCUGAAGGACGGGGUGUGCGACAGAAGCACGGUUCCUUCAGGUGAGGCUUCAUCUGUGAGUUCCAUCAGCCGCGUUUUGAGGGCCCGAUUUGGCAAAAAAGAUGACGAGGAUGACUGUGAUAAGAAGGAUGAAGAUGGAGAAAAGAAAACAAAGCAUAGCAUCGAUGGCAUCCUCGGUGAUAAAUGUAACCGCACAGACGAUGGUUCAGAUGUGGAUUCGGAGCCAGAUCUACCUCUGAAGAGGAAGCAGAGGCGCAGCCGCACAACCUUCACUGCAGAGCAGCUGGAGGAGCUGGAGAAGGCUUUCGAAAGGACGCAUUACCCUGAUAUCUACACCAGAGAGGAGUUGGCUCAGAGGACAAAACUCACAGAGGCAAGAGUACAGGUGUGGUUUAGCAACAGAAGAGCUCGGUGGCGUAAGCAGGCUGGUGCCAAUCAACUAGCGGCGUUCAAUCACCUGCUUCCUGGAGGAUUCCCCCCCACAGGCAUGCCUACCUUACCCACAUACCAGCUCCCAGAGUCAAGCUACCCCAGCACCACGCUAUCACAGGAUGGCAGCAGCACGUUGCACAGACCUCAGCCACUUCCUCCGUCCUCCAUGCACCAGGGAGGUCUGAGCGCUGACAGCAGCUCCGCUUACGGCCUGACGUCCAAUCGCCACAGUUUCUCCAGCUACUCCGAUACCUUCAUGAGCCCCUCAGCUUCCGGCAACCACAUGAACCCGGUCGGAAACGGGCUUUCCCCACAGGUGAUGAGCAUCCUGAGCAACCCCAGCGCUGUUCCCUCUCAGCCGCAGCACGACUUUUCCAUUUCCCCCCUGCACGGCAGCCUGGAGAGCUCCAACCCAAUCUCGGCCAGCUGUAGCCAGCGCUCCGACACCAUCAAGAGCGUGGACAGCCUGGCUUCCUCCCAGUCGUACUGCCCCCCUACCUACAGCGCCACCAGCUACAGCGUGGAUCCCGUCACUGCCGGCUACCAGUACAGCCAAUACGGCCAGACUGCUGUAGACUACCUAGCUAAGAACGUGAGCCUGUCCACUCAGAGGAGGAUGAAGCUCGGGGACCACUCGGCGGUGCUCGGGCUGCUGCAGGUGGAGACGGGACAGGCCUACUAGAGCCACGCCUCGCACCCGUUUCUGCCGCCGCGCUCCAGCUUGCUUUUUCAGCCCAGCCAUGGCGUCUGAGCGAAGGUCCAACAAGUCCCAUCGAGGAAUGAAACUAAAACAUUCAAACUGCCAUCCUUCACAGGGGCGGCUACGUGUCCUUUCCUCCUAUUUUUGUUUUGGGGUACCUUUGCCUGCAACUUGUCCAGUUUAUUUCUGCCGAGAGGAUGGUGGAUCCCUCCUGACCCGGACUCCUGGUAGUCAUGGCUGCAGUCCAGCAGACAUUCAGAGCCAGCAACAACAUGUACUUUGGCCUUGCUGUUCAUAGUAGUUAACAAAGCAAAUACCUUUUUUUGACCAACUCUUCUUCUCAUUCCUUUUUUGAUAUUGUUAAGAUUACUGUUGCUGUUCUAUGAUUCUGGUUAAUGUGAUUUUCGUUGUUCUUUGAUGUCUCUUUUAUCUGUUAGAUGUGCUUGCGUGUUUUUAACAGAGAGAAAAACGCGUGUCUGUUGCGUGUCGGCACAUUCACACAAGAGAGGAUGAUUGGUUUCCAAGCUGCUGUUCCCCGAGCUCCAGCGCUCGUGAGCGAUUUGACCUUCCCACUUUCAUAUUCCUCCUGACAUUCCUAAAGAAACAUGGCCACUUGGUGGGAAGUCUGGCUGGAUGGAUUCUGUGGGGAAUUGAAGCAGCGUUUUGGCGGCCGAUAGCUUUUCCCUUGUAACCUCCAUCCCAUCCUCAGCCGUGGUCCGUAGGGAUGGGGGAGGGGGGUAUUGUUUGCAAAACAGGAUUGGGGAAAUUAAUGCAUUUUUAAACGUGGACCUUGCCAAGGAGGGCUAACUGAACCAGUCUUUCUAAAUCCCAUCUGCCUGGGAAUCCUGGGUGACUUAAAGCAGAUUAAAUCUCACAAAUAUGAGUCAAAGCUAAUUCUCAGUGACCCUUUUCAUUACCACAUCGUAUUUCUAAUAUUAGCCCAUCAUUAGGACAUUUUGUAAAUGCACCUUGGGCUGAUUUCCACUUCCCAACAAAAUCAAGCAUUCCUUUCAAAUUGAUCCAUCUAUGAAACACACUAAGAGCAUUCCAGCAUUUUCCUGAGGAAGGGUUAAAGAGAAGGAAAGUGGCGUCUUUCACAUAAACUUGGGACGAGUCAGGCUCAGGCAGCACCACCGACUGGAACCCCCCCCCCACACACACACACACGUACGUUCCCAUCAGGACGGAGGACGUGUACGACAACAGGAGCAGACAGCGCUUUUGUUUCUUCAUGAAAAGAAUGUUUUAUACUAAAACAAAGCUGCGUCGGGUGGGAGACAGACCGUAGUUUCUUUAACUGGUUUGAUUUCUGUUGGUUUUAUUUCAAAUGUGUUUGACUGAUGAACUCGUUUGAGCCAAACGUUUUGUUUCCAGUUUUGACCCGAAACGAGGACAGAUUUGUACAAAUUAGUAAAAAAAAUAAAUGACUGAGUAAAACUCUUAAAGAGGAUCAAACCGAGGUGAACUUUCAAAGACUCUCUGGACCAAGUGGUGUACAUUUAAAAAAGAAAAACGAGUGUCUGGUCAUCACCUGUUGGGAGAACUGGUUUCACAGACUGACCUUUGGUUCAGACCAGGUCUGACUGGAUGCUCCGGCACCCUGCGGCUCCAGCGACGGUGCAGCAGCCUCUUCUCAUCGGACAAAAGUCACCGAUCUUUGAUUUGUGGACCAAUAAGACUCGAGGAGAUCAAAGCAACACUGACUCCGCACUGAAUGGCAGCAGUCCUUCGGUGCCACUUAGACACCUCACUUGUGUAUAUUUUAAAAAGGAAGAAUUUUAGAAUUGUCUUUAGUGUAUUAAAUCCAUUUAUAACACCUGCGUCAAUAAAAAUUUGGAUAUUUAAGGCAGACAGCUCCUCCCCCUUCCUCCCGUCUCUUUGACCUUUAACCCAUUUAGUUGCUUUCUGACAUCUGUGCUUUGCUUUACUCCUGUUUUCCGUUCCGCAUGUGUGUAUAUUAUCAUGGUAUAAUUUAUUCUGCUGUAUGAAGUAUUAGAGUAGUGGGAAACUUGUAUUGGUAUUUACUACCUUCAGCCUGUUGGUGUGUUUAAUGUAACACUGGCGUAACUGUUAUCAAUUAAAGAUCCAAAACAGA